GGGCCGGCAGAGAGACAGGGCAUUCAGGAGGGAGGCGCAGCGGGGGGCGACUUAAAGAUAAGACCCAAAGAGGCGAGCGCACGGUCAAGCACCGGCCACAUGGGUACUUAGAGAAGGACACGCCUCGCACGCCUCCCGGCCAGCGAGCCGCGAAGACUUGGCGGAGCCGCCCAGAGACCGUCGUCAGAGAUGUCUCCGAGUCCUCCGCGAUCGGACCGCCGUGGUGUGAGACACCGAGGAAAACCUAAAGAUGCCCCUGAAUUCCUCCCCAGUCAUCGUGGAGAUGACAAAGGGCGUCAAAAAUUUGGUUUGCCCACACCAACGUUCCAUCUGAUAUGUUUCUUGGUUGGCUUGGCAGUGGUAUUUGGAAUAAUUGUUUAUGUCGAGAAGCAGCUUCCAACUCCUCUAAUGGUUGAGGAUGAAGCUAACAAUCCAGGAAGAUUUAUUGCUGAAAGGGCAAAGAACACACUUGUCAACUUAACUAACAUCGGCCCACGAGUCACUGGCAGUUACGAAAAUGAGGUUUUGGCUGUGAAUUUUCUUAAGAAUGCAAUCAGUUUAACAAUGCAGUCAGCAAAACCUAUUCACAAAAUAGAGGUUGACUUUCAAAAAAUUAGUGGUUCUUUUCCACUUACUUUUCUUGAUGGAAUGACUCAUGUUUAUCAUGAUGUUCAGAAUGUCAUUGUGAAAAUUGGUUCCCUGAAAGGGUCAGACCAUAGCAUUCUCAUGAAUUGUCAUUUUGAUACCGUCAGUGAUAGUCCUGGUGGAAGUGAUGAUGGUGCCAGUUGUGUUCUUAUGUUAGAAAUAUUGAGACUUUUGUCUCAAGCUGAUAAACCACUGGUACACAAUCUUGUCUUGCUGUUCAAUGGAGCUGAGGAAAAUUUUAUGCAGGCAUCCCAUGGAUUUAUAACAAAACAUAAAUGGGCUAAAGAGAUCCGUGCGGUUGUAAAUCUAGAAUCCUGUGGAGCUGGAGGACGAGAAGUCAUGUUCCAAUCUGGGCCAAAUCAUCCCUGGUUGAUGAGGAUAUAUUCUGAAAAUGUUGGGUAUCCAUUUGCCUCAUCACUUGCACAAGAAAUUUUUCAAAGUGGUUUCAUUCCUGGUGAUACAGAUUACAGAAUUUUCAGAGAUUUUGGAGGGGUACCUGGAUUGGAUUUUGCUUGGUAUCUUAAUGGUUAUGUGUAUCACACUAAAAAUGACAAUGCAGCUCAUGUACCAUUGGGAUCAUUACAAAGAACUGGUGAUAACAUGGUAGCCCUUGUAUCAGGCCUCCUUUCUGCUGAAGAACUCAGCAAUACUAGCAAGCACAAGGAAGGGAGAAUUGUCUUCUUUGAUUUCCUUGGCGCUUUCAUUAUGUUUUGGUCACUUCAUGCUGGUGAUUUUCUCAAUGUCAUCACACUUGCUUUAUCUAUGUAUUCAAUGAUGUCAAACAUGAAGGAGGCUAUCAAUCGUGGUUUGUCACAAAAGCAGUACUUGAAGCAAUUACUGUCCUGUGCUGGAACUGCCCUACAGUCUUGGCUUCUGUCUCUUUUUGUGGCUGUUGCUCUUGCUUUGUCUUUGACUGCAUUGGGUCGUACCAUGAGUUGGUAUGCCAGGCCAAUUUGGAUUAUUUUCUUAUACGUUCUGCCGUCUUUGAUUUUCCCCAUGAUCUUGCUGUUGUAUAAAGCACAAAAACAACGGAAGGUUGUUGUUUCACCUUGGACAUUAUUCCAACUCUACUAUGACAGCUACCAGUUAGUGUGGUCAAUCAUGCUCUUAUUAUCAACCCUUUUCCGAGUUCAGUCUGGAUUCAUCCCGUUGUUCUGGGUGAUCUUCCCUACCAUAGGAAAUCUUAUUCGUAUCAAAGUGUUCCAGCACUGGAGAGAUUGGAAAUGGUUGUUGUUACAUGCCACAAUGAUGUUCCUGCCAUUUGUUCAGUGUGCAUAUAUGACAUUGAAUGCUGUGCAACUUUUUAUUCCAAUCAUGGGCCGCACAGGAGCAGCAAACAAUGGAGAACUAAUUCUUGCAGUCCUGUGCACUGUCAUGUUUUGUUUAUUGUUUAGUUAUAUUAUUCCAAUAAUAUUGUUGGUACGAAACCCAAAACAAGUACUUACUCUUUUGAUUAGUAUUUUUGUUGGAUCUAUUCUUGCACUCAUCUUUACACCCUUGGGUUUUCCCUAUUCUGGAGAUCCCGCUAGCCUUGCUCAACAGAGAUUUGCUAUUCUGCAUGCGGAGAGAUCAUUCCAUGACAUCAAAGGGGACCUAAUUAAUCGAGAGACUGGAUUUUGGAUUGUGGAUUUAGACAUUAAUAGUCCUCAUACUGUGCGAGGCAUUGUACCUGAGAUGGAUAGGAUACAACCUGUGACCACUGACUGUGACAAGUAUUUAUAUUGUGGUAUGCCUUACUUCAUACCCAUUCUAUCUUUCAUUUGGAAAACUCACUGGGUGGAAGCUCCACCAAUCAGUGUGCCUAUUAACACUACAUUUAACAUUUUAUCCCGUGAGAAACUGUCUCAGUCCGUCCAGAGAUUAACUUUUAAUGUAACAGGCCCUGACCACAUGGGUCUGAUGAUAUCACCUGUUAAGGAAGCUGAAUUACUUCGGUGGAGCAUUUUAGAGGAACCUCCUCUUGCUGGUCCUAAAUGGAAAGGACGAGAGACUUACUUUGUGUAUUUCUCUUACGCAGACAAACCAAAAGCCUGGGUUUUCUCUCUGGAUCUUCGAGUGCCGGAGGGCUGGAAUGAAGCUGUAGUUGACAUCGCACUGACCAGCCACUUUGUUCAUGGCCCGCACCAGCAGUCACAACCCUUCAAGGACCUAGUGCGACAGUUUCCAGCAUGGACUACUGUUACAGGAUGGCAAUCAACAUACAAGUCAUUCAUAUACUAGUGCAAUACACAAAAAUUUCAAAUAUCAAUCUUGUUUUGUAAUCUUACUCUUUAAUCUUUUGUGAGAAAUUCAGCAGUACCAACAAAAAAAAUAUUCUAUGAUUUGGUUAAGGAAUCAUUACUAUUUCUUUGUGCAAUAUUAUACCUUAAAUAUUAUAAUCUAUCUAGGUUUUUGCCUACUGAUACUUUACCUUCCAAAGAUGUGAUUAGGAUCAUAUAUUUCAUCUGUAACUAUGCUCUGUUUAACUGCUUACCAAACACUAUUGUUUUUAGCAAAUUGCCCUUUGCAGUUGUAAAUAUCUAAUUUUUUGUUGUAGUUUUCUUGUGAAACAAGUCUGAAUGCACCUCUCUUAUCAAAACCCAGUUUGUAUCCUUGCUCAAGACUGCAGUUUACCUGCAUAUCUCAGUUGUCAUCAAUGUCACCCAUUGAAAACACUUGUCUUUACUUAGGUGACCAAUAGUGUGUUCUUCUGUGAUACAAUUUAUCUCUAACUUGUGUCAUUCUAAUUGUUUUAACUGAAAGAGCUUUUGGUUGUGAUGUUAUGAUCAUCAGGGUUUUUGUAAUGAAAUGACAGCAUAAAUGUGGCCCAAGUGUUAAAUAAUUAGCCUCAAUGUGUCAAUGAUUUUUUACACUAUAAUCUUAGCAUUAUUGUAUUUAUUGUUGUUAUUAUUAAAUGUACAUCAAUAUAUGUACUAAUAUGGCUAAAUUAAGUAAAUCCAUUUCUCCAAUUUGCUUGUUGUUUCUACUCAAGCACUUUUGUUUUUUAGGUAUCUUUGCUUUUUUUUGCCUGUAUCUAUGUUACAGCAUGAGCAUUGAGCACUUCAGUCUCAAUAUUCUAGAGGCCAUAUUGUUAAACAUAUUUGGUUACAAGUGAAAAGGAUGGAGGUUUAAUUGCCUCUCUGUGUA